AUGGCCCUUCCUGGACGCUCCCAGGGACUCUCUGGGCUGCUGCCUGUUGUGGGGGAGUUUGGCCGCUUUGCCUACCUGGAAGGCCAGGAGUACCGGAUGUACAACACUUACGACGUCCACUUCUAUGCCUCCUUUGCUCUCGCCAUGCUGUGGCCCAAGUUGGAGCUCAGCCUCCAGUAUGACAUGGCGGCGGCCGUGCUGCACGAGGACCUGCGCCCGCGGCUCUACCUGAUGGACGGGCAGACGGCCCAGGUGAAACUGCGCAAUGUGGUGCCCCACGACAUCGGGGAGCCAGGUAAGCCCCACAGCUCUCCCCUCCUAAGCACUAGCCCCCUUUCCUUUUCUCCACGAGGGAGGGACGGAGCAGGAGGAGCAUGGCCAUAGAAUCAUAGAACCAUAAUGUUGGAAAGAACCACGAGGGCCAUCCACUCCUAUCCCAUUCUGCGAUAUGCAAUAGCUUCCCUGCAGGGUUGUGACCCUCCCUUGGGGGCAAUGUGGAUAGGACCCUCCCCACCCCGGCUAGAAAACGCUUUCUCACUUUGAUGGGAAAUGACAUUCCUUCUGAGCAGCUUUGUACCUGAGAGAGGCAGGAUCAGGGCCCCCCCCCCUCUCUGG